AUGCGACUUCAUCACACCAAGAAAGAUAAAGCUUCCGGCGCAGAUGAACAGCUACGCACCACACCACUUAUUUCUCUUACCAUAAAAGAGAUCUCCGAAGCAAAUGUGAAGACACCAAUGUUUCCUCAGUACGCUUUCCUCGGUUGUCGCAUCCCAGAGUCUUCCUCCUCGCACGAAGAAGACAUCACAUCUUCCACGACGCACAGCAUGUUCGGCUCUACGAAUUCUGUCGAUGAGGAAUCUGAGCCUAUCCUUCUCAACAUCAAUACACCUUGGUCGGCAUUCAUUUGUGGUUCCCAAGGAAGCGGAAAAAGCUACACCUUGUCUGCCAUCAUCGAAAACUGUCUGUAUGCCUCUUCCUCUAUCGGAAAGCUGCCCAAGCCGCUCGCUGGUGUGGUGUUCCACAACAAUACAGCUUCUGCGCACAACAUCUGUGAAGCCGCUCAAUUGGUCUCUUUGGGCGUCAAAGUCAAUGUCCUGGUCUCUCGCAGCAACUACCACACCUUGAGUACUAUAUACAAGAAAGCAGUCGGUUCGAAGCAUGAAAAUUUGCUCAACAUCCAGCCUCUGGUUUUGCAGUCUCAUCACAUUACUGCUGAGCGUAUGCACCGCUUGAUGGCUUUUGCAGAGGGCGAGACUGCAGUCCCACUGUACAUGGAAGUCAUGAUGCGUAUCCUUCGCGAAAUGGCUAUCACUGGAACACCCUUCAGCUACGCGACAUUCAAGGCCAAUCUCGAAAAGGAAGGUUUACAGCCAGCUCAGAAGGUCAUGAUGGCCAUGCGUCUCAAUCUGCUGGAAUCUUUCUUGGACCCUAGCUGCAUCGAAACUUCCAAGAAGGCUCACAGCAAGAAAAAUGAUAUACUCUCGACCUCUCCAGGAAAUUUGACCAUCGUCGAUCUUAGCGACCCUUUCUUGGAUUCAGGUACAACUUGCACGCUGUUUGACAUCCUGCUUAGCAUCUUCUUAUCCUCGCGUCCUGUCUCUGGUCUAAUCGUCUGCCUCGACGAAGCCCACAAGUUCAUGAAGAGUACUCCUGCCGCAGAGACCUUCACAGAGAAUCUGCUCACAGUCAUUCGCGAGCAGAGACACAAUGCCUGUCGCGUCGUCAUUGCCACUCAAGAACCAACCAUCUCACCCAAGCUGCUGGACCUCUGCUCCAUGACGUUUGUGCAUCGCUUCACGUCUCCAGAUUGGAUGACAACAUUGAGGGAACAUCUCGCUGGUGCUUCUGAUCUUGUUACUGCUGUCACGUCUGCUGCUGCACUAUUUGAGAGAAUCAUCGAUCUGGACGUUGGUGAGAGUUUGCUGUUUGCGCCUUCUGCUGUUCUGGAGGUGGAUGAGAACGGAAAACAGAAAAAAUUAGGAGUGGGAUGUGUAAAGUUCAAGACCAGAAGCAGACUGGGCGCUGAUGGAGGACAGAGUAUUCUUGCUGUCAGGGAGUGA